GCGCUUUGCUUUCGCAGACACCAGCAGACAACAAAACACACACACACUAAAUGCGUGCCUAAAAAAAGCGAGCACCGUGGAUUUGCAGGAAUUAAAAGCUACAAAGGAUUUUUUGGAGGCGCGCUCGAAUUCUCUGAGAUCGUCCAUCUACGGUGUUCGCAUGAAUCUCCUCGACCCCUACCUGAAGAUGACGGAUGAGCAAGAGAAGUGUCUGUCUGAUGCACCCAGUCCGAGCAUGUCCGAGGACUCCGCGGGCUCGCCCUGCCCGUCCGCCUCGGGCUCAGACACUGAGAACACGCGCCCGGCGGAGAACAGCCUCCUGGCUGCAGACGGGACGCUCGGAGACUUCAAGAAGGACGAAGAGGACAAGUUCCCGGUGUGCAUCCGAGAGGCGGUGUCCCAGGUGCUGAAGGGUUACGACUGGACGCUGGUGCCCAUGCCGGUGAGGGUGAACGGGUCCAGCAAAAACAAGCCGCACGUCAAGAGACCGAUGAACGCGUUUAUGGUGUGGGCGCAGGCGGCGCGCAGGAAACUGGCCGACCAGUACCCGCACCUCCACAACGCGGAGCUCAGCAAAACUCUGGGAAAACUUUGGAGAUUACUGAACGAGGUGGAAAAGCGUCCCUUCGUGGAGGAGGCAGAGCGCCUUCGGGUGCAGCACAAGAAAGAUCACCCCGACUACAAGUACCAGCCCCGGCGGAGGAAGUCGGUGAAGAACGGCCAGAGCGAAUCUGAAGACGGCAGCGAACAGACCCACAUCUCGCCCAACGCCAUCUUCAAAGCGCUCCAGCAGGCGGACUCGCCCGCGUCCAGCAUGGGAGAAGUGCACUCGCCCAGCGAACACUCAGGCCAGUCCCAGGGGCCGCCCACUCCUCCCACCACCCCGAAAACUGACACACAGCCAGGCAAAGCGGAUCUGAAACGAGAGGCCCGUCCUCUUCAGGAAAACACCGGACGUCCGCUCAGCAUCAACUUCCAGGACGUGGAUAUCGGCGAGCUGAGCAGCGAUGUUAUCGAAACAUUCGACGUCAAUGAGUUUGACCAAUACCUCCCGCCGAACGGUCACCAGAACGCACCCUACGCUGGAGGAUACGCCGCCUGGAUGACCAAACCCCAAAACGGCAGCCCUCAAAGCAGCCAGCUGACCCCGCUGAACCCCGCAGAACCCGACCAGCCCCGAACGACGCAUAUUAAAACCGAACAGCUCAGCCCGAGCCAUUACAACGAGCAGCAGGGCUCUCCGCAGCACAUCAGCUACGGUUCCUUCAACGUUCAGCAUCUCCAGCAUUACAGCACUUCAUUUCCCUCCAUCACCAGAGCGCAGUACGACUAUUCCGACAGCCACCAGGGCGGCGCCAGCUCCUAUUACACCCAUGCCGGAGGUCAGAGCUCCGGGCUGUACUCCACCUUCAGCUACAUGAGCUCAAGCCAGAGGCCCAUGUACACACCCAUUGCUGACUCUACAGGGGUGCCCUCCAUCCCUCAAUCCAACCACAGUCCGCAGCAUUGGGACCAGCAGCCGGUGUACACGCAGCUGUCCAGACCAUGAGCACGUCUGAAUGUGCACUGAAAAAUCAUGAUGCAUUGGGUUUACUACAUUUUUACUACAAGUUUAGUGGUUGCAAAGAAUUUUUAUGGGUUGAAUUUAAACAGAAAUUAAGUUUAGUAAUGUUCUACUUAAUUUGCAUGCCCAUAUGAGUCGUUUUGGAACCACUUACCUUAAACAAAAUGCAGUAAAUCUAAUAAAUAAUGUUCGUUCAGUGCAUGAUGGGAAAGACUCAAAC